AUGUCCACUCAUGUCCUCGAGACUCGUCUGCAACACCUCUCAAUAGCUGACACCACAAAGAAGCAAACCUCCAAGACAAAAGCCUCACAGCCACUUUCACACUCCUCGAGCAGACCGAACCUCCUCAAAACCGUCCUCCGUAACAAGCAGCAAAACAUCCCUACGAUAGUUUCCCCACCAUCAUCCACAGCACCAACUAAAAAAGAUGCCGGCGAGAAUAAAUUGGCGGGAAAAUCACAAAUUGAGGACAGACCCGUACGUCCCGUAAAGCAGCCUGCCCCAAGGGUACUACAUCUCGGCAUGUUCGAGAUUGGGAAACCCCUAGGUAAAGGCAAAUUUGGCCGCGUAUACCUAGCACGCGAACGCGAAAAUGGCUUCAUCUGCGCGUUAAAAGUCCUCCACAAGAACGAACUGCAAGAUGGCCGUGUGGAAAAACAAGUACAACGAGAAAUUGACAUUCAAAGCAACCUACGACAUCCCAAUAUCCUCCAGCUAUAUGGGCAUUUCCACGACAGCAAGCGUAUCUUUCUCAUCCUUGAAUUCGCGGGCCGCGGCGAGCUAUACAAACAUCUACGACGAGCGAAUCGAUUCCCUGAGCGCACAGCAGCUAAAUAUAUCGCCCAGAUGGCAAGUGCAUUACGGUACCUACACCGCAAGCAUGUGAUACAUCGGGAUAUUAAGCCGGAGAAUAUCCUGGUCGGUAUUCACCGGGAGAUCAAGAUAUCCGACUUUGGGUGGAGCGUCCACGCGCCUGGGAAUCGGAGGAAAACGUACUGCGGAACGCUGGACUACCUGCCGCCUGAGAUGGUCUCGGCAAUAAAUCCGGAUAAGUCGUAUGAUGGGAAGAUUGACCUGUGGGCGCUGGGGGUGUUGACGUAUGAGUUUCUGGUGGGGGAAGCGCCGUUUGAGGGCACGCCUGUUAUGACGUGUAGGCGGAUAGCGAGGGCGGAUAUGAAGGUUCCGUCGUUUGUGAGUUCCGAAGCUGCGAGUUUUAUUAAAGGGUUACUUGUUGUGGAUCCUGAUAAGAGGUUGAGCCUUGAGGAGAUUCAGCAGCAUCCGUGGAUUUUGAAGCAUUGUCUGAGAUGA